AUGAAGAGAGCCUCCAAUUCCAGCCUCUACGGCCUCGAUGCUGACCAUGCUGUGCCACCUUCUCCGUCCAAACGCAGAAGCUCAGCUUCGGAUGACUCGGAUUUCUCUUCGCCUUCCCCCACCACCCCCUUGAAACCGCUCCGCUCCAGCCUCUCCAAGAAGGCGCCGCCACCAGGAAGCAUGGCUGCCAUCCACUCGAUCAGCAGCAACACCUCGUCCAACUACCAGGGCAUGUAUCUCAGCUUCGUCAUCAAUGCGCUCUCCGAAAAGGAGAAGGGCAACUCGGCACCCUACUACGAGCUCCUCGUGCAAUUCGCAGAGCCCUCAACAGGCAGGUCGGGCGCCUCGGUCUCGUCAUUGCGAUCUCUCCUCGCCGCUCUCUCGCACGUCGUCUCGGAUCUCGAUCGAUCACACGCCAAGCUGGUCGAAAGCAUCUUUGCCCUGCCCUGGACAUCCAUGGACGACAAUUUCGCGCAAAUGUGGAUCAAGUUUGUCUGCAGCCUGGUCAGCGCCCGAAGCGAGUGGCUCUCGGUCAUCCUCACAAAGGCCACAAAGGCUCUUUCGUAUCGUCUCGAGUGGCUACCGUAUCAAUUUGCCGACGAGUCUGGCAAGCGUUCAGUAUCUACGCUCAAACGCAAACAGGUCUACGAGCGGAUUCACCUCCUUAUCCGCUCGCUGUUGAGCGUUGUGCCCACACUGCCUGGUGUGCUGGGGCCGUUGCUGGUGCAGUUCUUGCCGCACAAGAUGGUCAAUCGCUCGGAUCAGCUCGUGUACAUGCGCAACAUCUUGCAUAUUAGCGAAUACUGCGCUGAGCUCUCGGAAGCCAUUCUUGGAGCGGUGAUUGAUCGUGCGAUUCAGCUCGACGUCGAAAUUCAGGUCGAGCUCGACGAGUUUGACGAUGAUGAGGCCGAGGAGCUGGGGCUCGACUUUGAAGAUCCCUUCGAGCAGGCGCUGGACGAUAUCGAGGACGGAGACAGCUCGGACGAUGACGACGACAGCGACGAGGGUGACUUUGCCGACAAUCUGUCCGAUCUCUCGGACGAAAACUACGGCCAGGACCUGCCCACGGAGGAGCAGAAGCGCACGCAGGAAGAUCUGCAGCGCUCCAUGCGGCGCAUCCGAGAGUCUGUCGCCAAGCUCGACGCCAUCAUGAUCGCGCUGUUCGAGCAUCUCCGCAAGCUCGAUGCGCAGUAUGUCGCUGGAGCCAACAGCUUGACCUACAACAGCCCCAUGGAUGCCGACACGAACCGUCGCAACUUGUUCCACACGCUGCUGUCCAUCUUUGCACGCAACAUUUUGCCUACGUUCCGAUCGCGCCACGUGCAGUUCCUGCUGUUCUGGUUCAACUCGCUGGAUGCCAACUUCUCGGACUUUUUUCUGGGUGUGUUGCUCGAGAAGAGUCUGUACAGCCAGCGGGGCGGCGAGGUGGGGGACAAGGACGAGCCGGCGGUGAUCCGGUCAGCGGCAGCAGGGUAUGUGGCGAGCUUUGUCAGUAGGGCUUCGUAUGUGGAUGGGCAGACGACGCGCGUGGUGCUGUACAAUCUGUGUGCGUAUAUGGAUGCGCAUAUCGACGAGAGCAGCCGCACGGAUACCGAGGCGGGCUCGGCGGCGCCGGGCACCUCAGCACAUGCGGUGUUUUACUCGGUGGUGCAGGCGGCGUUCUACAUCUUCUGCUUCCGCUGGAGGGAUCUCAAGAUGACCAGCGAUGAUCAGGAGGGUGGGGCGGAGGAUUUGGACUAUCAGGAUGCGGACGAGAUCGGUGGAGGCAUGCACGACAGUGUGGGCAGUCUGGGGCAGUUUGGCGCCGAGGCGUGGUGCGAUGGCCUCACAGCGUUGCAGCGCGCGGUGACGUCGCGGUUGAAUCCGCUCAAGUACUGCUCGGCGAAUGUGGUCAAGCAGUUUGCGCGGAUUGCGCAGCACACGGGGUUCCUGUACUGCUACUCGAUCAUCGAGGCGAACAACCGCUCGGUGAGGGGCAACCGCAGCAACCCGGUUUCGCGGUCGACCUCGCUGAACCGGAUCCAGCUCGAGAACUCGGGAUCGGCGACGCCCAUGAGUCAGGACGGAAGCGAUCGCGGCACGCCCCGGCCCGAAGGGGCGGCAGCAGUGCACAACAGCAGUGGUACAGAGCAGGAUGCCAAGGCGAGAGCAGCAGUGACGACGGCAUCGGUGCUCGAGUCGUUCUUCCCCUUUGACCCGUAUAAGCUGGAGUCGUCGGCGUCGUUUAUCGAGCCGCUGUACCGCGAGUGGUCUGAUGUGGCGCCGGAGGAGGACGGUGAUGAUUCGGAGGAGGAAGAGGAGGAGAGCGAUGAUGAGGCGGACGACGUGCGGCGGAAUGAGGUGGGCGGGGGGAUGGCUAUCCCUGGUACAUCGAAGAGUGUUCGCACAGGUGGUGGUGGUGAUGAGGAAGAGGAAGAAGAGGAAGAGGAGGAGGAGGAGGGUAACAGCUCGUCGUUUGUCUCGCAGAUUGAGGCGAUGAGCAUCAGCCCUUAUCUGCAUUGA